AUGGAUACCAUACUUAACAACCUGCCUCCAGAGCUAGGAGACACUCUGAUGAACAACUUUGUCAUUCUUGAGGUAGUCUCCAUGUUCGCGAUCAGGGCCUACAAUGCCCUCGAGACGGGGAUUGUCACGUUCGACACCUUCAAACACUAUCGAGGCCUAUACUUCUACAGUAUGCAAGUGGCCUCCUGGGGUAUACUUCUCCAUACUAUUCCGGCUAUGGUACGCUUCGUCUCCCAAGCGCCGAACAUUCCUAUGUCCAUCCUCUUCGUGGUAGGCUGGUACGCCAUGGUGACCGGCCAGGCUGUCGUGCUAUACUCCCGUCUCCACCUUGUGGUCUCCGACAUGGUUAACGUGCGCUGGAUCCUGUGGAUGAUCAUAAUCAAUUCUCUCGUCUUCCACGUGCCCAUGACAGCCCUAUUCUUUGGCCUUGCUCGUGGCAAUACGAACCUUGCCCGUCCGGCAGCGAUUUUUGACCGAAUUCAACUCACGGGCUUCUGCAUCCAGGAGACUUUUAUCUGCGGUAUCUAUAUUCACGAGGCCAUUCGGGCCUUGAAGCCCGUCAUUGAAAUUCGUGGCCUUGAGGGCCGCAAAGUCAUAAUCAAUCUCAUCUGGGUUAACGCCCUCGUGGUCCUUAUGAACGUUCUUCUCCUUAUCGUCGAGUAUAAGCUGCACUUUAUCACUGUUAGCUUCAAGAUAGUUGUAUACAGUGUCAAACUGAAACUUGAAUUUGCUGUGCUGAACCGGCUGCGCUCCCUGACCCGGCUAAAUACUUGCGUCUGUCACCAAGAAAUCCCUCGACGACGUCGGUCGAGCGACGUCAACAUUUUCGAGAUGAUAUGGGCACGAUCUCGGGAAAUUCCAGGAUCAGAAUUCACGACAAGCACUCCUGAACUUCAUAUUGGAACCUCAUGUCGAAGUUCCUUACCCAGUAGCACCCACGAGUUCCACCAAGCCUUACGGGAAACAUCUUCAAAUGACAAUACAUUGGCGCCUCUAGAUACCUGCGUCCUCCGGCCAUCUUCUAUCACUGCCACCCUUCACUAG